CUAACACAUCACUUUCUCUUUAGAUUAUGACACUCGAAAGCCCUGAACUAACUUUUAAUGCAAUCCAAUAUGCAAGCAAUAGAACUCCCUUGAAAAUUGAAAAAGAUUCUAUUGCAUUAACUAAAGUUGAUGGUGGUUACUCUGUUAAGCCCUGCGAGAUUUUAAUUAAAGUCCACUCUGCAGCUUUGAACCCGGUGGAUAUAGUAUUGUACAAUUCCGCUCACCCUUUGAUAUCUAGAAUUAAAGGUGGUGCAUUACAGGGAAUUGGUCGUGAUUACUCUGGUACUAUUGUUGAAAUUGGAGAUAUCGCAAAGAGCAAGUAUAACUUCAAUGUCAGUGAUAAGGUCUGUGGGCUAUACAGACAUCCAUUUGGCAAGGGAACUGUCUCAGAGUAUAUUCUCUUAGACCCAUCUGUGGAUCCUGCCAUCACCAAGUUACCUAAGAACGCUAGCUUUGAGGAGGCCGCUUCAUGGCCAUUGGUAUAUGGAACUGCACUGCAAAUGAUUGAGACUGCAGGAAUAAAUCUGGAAGAAGUUGGCGCAACAUCUCGUGUGUUAGUUAUUGGUGGGGCAACAAGUGUGGGCCGUUACGUUAUACAAUUGUGCAAAAAUGUGUACAACGUCAAGGAUGUUGUUGCAAUUUGCUCAAACUCUUCCUCAGACAUGGUUAAGUCUUUGGGUGCUGAUUCAACUAUCGACUAUAAGGUGCAUCCUAAUAUAUUUGCACCCGUGAGUGAGUAUGCAGCCCAAAAUGGGAAGUUUGAUGCAGUCUUUGACUGUUGUGGGAAUUCCGAUCUCUUUACAAACAUGUCUGCAAUUUUAAAAUCUUGUUCUAGUCAUUAUGUGACCAUUCAAGGUGAUAGCAAGGGAGACUAUGAAACUGUAAAUAUGGCUAAUGCCGUGAAGAAGAACCUUGGUUUAGCUCCUCGGAUGUUAAAGAAUAGUUUAGGUUUUUUGGGGUACAAGUACAAACUUUUGAUGUUAGAACCCGGUGAAUGGAUUCAUGAAGGAAAGAAAAAUAUUGAAGAUGGCAAUGUCAAAAUUCAAAUUGAUAGCGUUCAUAAGUUGAAUGACUUUUCAGUUGCAUACGAAAGAUUGAAAUCAAACAGAGCUUCGGGAAAGAUUGUUAUCAAUUUAGAGUAG